AUGAUCACGCUCGUCGAGCAUGGCAUCAGAACCAUACGCCGGCUUGCUGAGAUGGACUUCUUUCACAUCGAGAGGGUGCUCUCCCGAAAUCCGCCAUUCGGUCAGAAGAUUGUGCGUAGCUUGGCACACUUCCCACGCCUCGGACUUGCUGUGGACAUACCCAAACGCGACGAGGGCCCGAAAAGUGGUGUCAUCGUUCGCGCCAUCCUAGGCUGUUCGAAUCGCGAGGCUCCAGUAUGGAAAGGGGCGACACCUUGGGUCACAAUGGCUGCCGAGACCUCGGAUGGCCGACUGGUCUUUUUCUGGAAGGGAAAGGUCAAGAGCCUUAUGCCGAGCAAAAACCUCGUGUUCUCCAUCGAAGCGGCCAAGGGCGAGAAGGUGUUCGUGUGGGCAAGUUGCGAAGAGAUUGCUGGUACUUAUGUGACAGGGGAGGUCACCGUCUAG